UGGUGGAGAGUACAGAACACUCAAAAACGCGAUAAACAAACGAAAGGAAGUAGAGAAAGGAAAAAAAACAUUAAAGUCGUGAGUGGAAAGCAGAAAACUCCAGCCAUGAGAUUAUCUGUGCUGGUGUUGGUGGCGCUGGCCCUCGCGGCUUCCCAGCCGGCGGAGGCGAAGAGGACCAAGCGAACCAUUGGCAAGUGGUUCUCCGGACUCACGAAGCUGUGGAAGGGUGAGGAGGAGCCCGCGAGACCUCCGCGCCCAGUGUACGUGGCUACGGCGGCGGCGGAUUCGGACACGGUGGUGGCGGUGGAUUCGGACACGGCGGAGGCGGUGGAUUCGGACACGGCGGUGGCGGCGGUGGAAUCAUUGGAGGCAAAGGUCACGGCGGUGGUGGAUUUGUACAUGGUGGAGGCAAGGGUCACGGAGGCGGUGGAUUCGGACAUGGAGGAGGCGGAGGCUUCGGUGGUGGAUUCGGAGGCGGACACGGAGGCGGACACGAUGGUGGACACGGAGGCGGACACGGAGGCGGGCACGGAGGCGGACACGACAUCCCUCACGGCUUCGGCCCCGUGAAACACACCGACGUGGUGCACGCCGGCGACUCGUACAGCGCCCCUCCGCAUCCGCAGCCCCCGCCCUCCGAUACCUACAGCUCGCACUCUAUCCCGACGGUCGUUGGCGGUGGCCACGGGGGGGACCUGAUCGCAUCCGGCCCAGUCAUCCACUCCGGACCCGUCGUUCCGCCCGCGCCCAGCCAUCCUCAUCCCUCAGUCCCGGUGGUUCCUCACGCUGAGCCCAGCAACAGCUACAGGGCCCCUCCGUCCUUCCCUCCGCCCAUGGCUGAGCAUGGCUCUUCGUCGUCCUCCUAUCUCGACGGCUUCCAGCCCUCACAACCCAUCCCUGUGGCUCCCGCUCCUCCUCCUCCUCUGUACGACCUCCCGGCCGGCUCCUCGCCGUUUUUGGGGAUACGCACGCCCCUGCUCCGAUCGAUGUCCUGCCGCCCUCCUCCAUCGCCCACUCACUCCCUAUCCAGACGCCGAGCGAGUCCUACGAGAGCCCGAGGACCAUAGCCGGCGCUCUGGACGCCCUUGACAUCAGCUCGCAGCUGGGCUACGACGACCCGAUUAUCGAGAUCGUGUUCGAGGACGGCGAGCCAGCCCCACCUCCGCCCCCGCCCAUCAUCGACCCCGCGCUCUUUGCCCUCCAGGAGGAGCCCGUGGAAGUGUACUUCAUCGAGUAUUCUCCGGGUGACAACAUCGACGACAUCGCCGCCCUAAACCUGGAUGGCGCUCAACCGGCCAUCCUUCACGACCUUCCGGAAGAACUCCCGUUCGACGUCCGCUCACAACUUCUGGAUUCCGGCGUGUUGGACAAUGCUGAGAUUCAGGUGAUCGAUCUGGACGACGCCCUUGGAACCAGCUUCUUGGAUCAGAACGCCCGCGACGCCCUCGUCGCUGCGUAUGGAUCCGAAAGCCGCCUCUCAGAGACAAAGGUGAGAGCACCGAGGAACCAGGACGGCGUGGACAUUCGCGUUCACCGCCUGCUCGACGAGGACAACAACACGGUGGAAGCCUUGCUCUCGGGGCUCAGUCUCUACAAGGAGGGCCGCUUUGCAGGCGUCGUGGAAGUCAACGACAAGGACUCCGAUAAGUUCGUGCCGGUUGUCGUCGACGGCAACCGGUUCCCCUUGCCCGAAGACCUCGAGGGCCGCGAAGUGGCCGGGGUGCUCGUCCUUGCCAACAGCAAGGAGGACGGCCUCGACGGCAGCAACGACAAACCUCCAGCCAAUACGAGCGACCCCGAAUUCAACUUGGUCGAGGCAGCGUCCAGGCUAAGGUCGCGGACCUCACAGUCAGCGCCUCUCUCUCCGGAGGACCGUGAGUGGUACGGCAAUCCUGACGACUGGCGCCCAAUCUUUGAAUAAACGAGAUGUGAUGUCGCAAUUUUUUUCCUGGAAUGCGAGGCUUAGGAUUCUAGUCCAAGCCUGGAGCUUGAGCCGGGAGUCCAGACUCAGUACUCCAUUCUUGCCAUCAAGAAACGGAGUUUAACAGUCUUCUCGGAAAACUUAAAAAAUCGUUUCUGUUUUCGAGGCAAAACAAAAUCUCCUAAAUGCGAAAUGUGUGUCUCUAGAGCAUUCUGCAAUAUAUUUUUUAUUCUAAAGUGUUUUUUUCUUUUGAAAAGGAGGCUAGAAAGUUAUUUAUUAGUUACCUCCCCCUUACCCUUUACAAAACCUAUUUUUCGAAGCGAGGGCAUUGCCCUCACCAAAGAAAACAUUGAACCUUUUUAUAUAUUUUUUGUUCCUCUUCUCUCUUUUCGGGUUGUCAAGUUUUGCGUAGCUUUACUACCGACUCUACACAUGAUGCUGUAAAUACCGCUUCAUUAGUUGGUUAUGAACAUAUCUGUUUUAGGUUUAAGGUUCUGAUUGGCCGUGGCGAUGAAAAAAGAGAAAUUACAAAUACUUUUUUUAAUCAUCUAAAAAAGAAAAGAAAAUUUUUUCGAUAAUUUUGUCACUUGCCCUUCUCAGGUCCAAAUAUAACGGUGUGUGCAAAUCCUGCCUGCGAGACUUGCUGUUCUUCCUCUGAUAUCCCCAUAGCAUUAGAACCUUCAAAAAAGUUAUAUUUUUACUUAGUAUUAACUCUUCACCGAUAGGAAGAGGGAAGGAGGCAGGGUGACGGGGUCCUGUCCCCCCUGCCUGCCCCGUGACCCCCUCUUUCUCCCCCUAUGAAGGUUAUUUCUUGUUUUCGUUGUACUCUAUAGAUAGCAUAUUUAUGUAAUUCUCGGAGUCGCCUAUAUUACCUAUGUAACGUUGCUCAAGCGAUCCCUCCCUCCCUCCCUCUAAUUUCUGCAGGCAGAAAAAAUAACCCAUAUUAUAUGUCUCUCUAUUAUGAUGGUUUCCCUCGUGUGAAAACGUUUCAUUGUACAGUAAUUUAAAUAAUAAAUGUUAAAUGUUUA